UAGUGUUUAACGUAGUUUCAUACAUUCUGGCUUCGCAGAAUUUUGUUCACAACAUGAAGUAUUUUCAAAUUAUGAAUUAUUUUAUUGUUUCAUGGGUGUCGCUUGCAUCGGCAUCGCCUAUGCCAUCAUUCAAUCUACUGUUCCCAGGGACGAAGUGGUGCGGAAAAGGCGAUGUGGCCGAAAAUGAUCACGAUUUAGGCUGGUUUGAGCAGACAGACGAAUGUUGUCGAGACCAUGAUAAAUGUCCAAACUACGUAGCUGGCGGCGAGACAAAAUUCGGCCUCCACAAUGAAGGAUCAAUCACGAUAGCUGAGUGCAAGUGCGAUGAAGACUUCAGGGAAUGCCUGGGCGAUGCUGAGGAAUCUUUCAUGAGUUUCAUCAUGGAAUCUUCCUACUUCGAUUUACUGCCCAGAAGAUGUUUCAAUCUAGUACCUGGGAAUAAUGGAACCCAGAAGGGCGAGUUGGAGAAAAAUCUACCUUUCCAGGAAGUCAUCCAGAAAUUUUUGGACAUACUACCGAGUGAUAACUCGGUUGUGGAAGUUAUUUCCGAUAGUAUUGAUGGUCUGGCAGACAUGGUUCUGUCAGGCCAAGAGGUAUCAUCGUAGGUUACUGUCAAUUCCAAUGAGAAUAAUGUAAUAAACUACAGUUUACCAAA